AUGCAUACAAAACGCAACACAACUCGGUGGGAUUUUGAUAUCGACGACUACAUCAACCCAUGGAUCCCACCAAGCAUACUACAGGAAUUACCGGCUUCGAUUUCAAGAUUCUUAGGGUAUAGAACUUCUCCGCGGAAAGAGCUUGGCAGUAUUCUCGUUGCAUGGUGGUCAUUAUUUGGUGCCUUCUGUGGUAUUGCUGCCGUUUCUGCGGUCUUCAAGUACAGCGGCGUAUUCUCAGAACUCGACCCCCCUUUGAUAAUUGGUAGUUUUGGAGCCUCGGCUAUCUUGGAAUAUGGUGUUAUUGGUUCACCCCUAGGACAGCCUCGGAACUGUGUUCUCGGCCAUUUUGUGUCCGCUAUUUGCGGAGUCGGCGUCGCGAAACUCUUCCAACUAAAUAGUCAUUUUGAGGAAAUAAAAUGGUUAGCUGGUGCAGUUUCCGUAGGCUUGGCUUCUGCUGUUAUGAGUAUCUCAAACACUUCUCAUCCGCCCGGGGGUGCAACAGCCUUGCUGGCUGCUAUUGACCCAAACGUGGCACGCCUUGGCUGGUAUCUUCUCCCGUACGUCCUGAUAGGAACGACUUUGAUGCUUGGGAUUGCCCUAGUCAUCAAUAAUAUCCAACGCCAGUUCCCAGUGUUCUGGUGGACCCCGAAGGAUACAGGCGGCAGGUUAUGGCCAGUGUCGGAAGCUACGGAGCCGGAUUUAGAGGCUCUAGAAGAACAAAAAUUCGUACAUGGAAGGUCAACUAUACCAAUGCGGUCGGACGGCCCGGCUGGUUCGGAUUCUUCGGUAGCUAGUCUUAAAUGA